UUUUUACACUUUCCGUGAAAAACGGAACGGACUCAUGCGCGCUUUUUGCGCGCUAUUUGUAAACAGACAUGGCAAAGAAACCGGCUGAUCAUAUACUCUCUUCCGUUGUUAUUUGCAGUCAAGUUGAUAGUGACACAAAUUAUUAUCAACGUUUUUCGUCAUCUAGCAGUGAUUCUAGUGAUGAAGAAAAUGAAAUGCAUAUCCUAUAUGCCAUUAUGAUGGUGAAUGAAACGCGGGGUGAAACAAAUGAGACGGAAAAGUUGANUGAUUAUGUUGAACGAGUUGUUNAAGGAUAUUCUAGAAUUAUUUUUAAAGAACAUUUUAGAAUGUUUCCAGAAACCUUUGAAAUGGUUUUGAGACUUUUAAGACCAGCUUUGAAUGCUACAAAUGCUUGUGGAAGGAAGCAAAUAUCUCCAGAAAAACAGUUUUUAAUAACAUUGUGGUUUAUGGCUACUCCAGAUUCAUAUCGAUCUGUGUGCGUCAAGUUUGGUAUUGGAAAGGCUACUGCAUUGCGCGCUGUGAGGCGUGUGACUUAUGCUCUUCACUGCCUAGCACCACGUUUUAUAAAAUGGCCAAGAGGAGAAGAGGCCAACCAUGUCAUUGAAGAAUUUCAAAGAACAAAGGGUUUCCCAGGUGUCAUUGGAGCUCUUGAUGGCUCUUUAAUAGAGAUACGAGCUCNUAAAAAAGAUGCAGUUUCUUACAUUUGCUGAAAAAA